CGAAGAUUUUAGUCAACAUAAAAAUUUAUGGUCGUUAUCUUGGUUAUUAUGGUCGUUAUCUUGGUUAUCAUCAUCGUGGUUAUGGUUAUGGUAUUGGUCGUACUGGUUUUUUUAUUGGUCGUACUCGUGGUUUUAUUGGUAUUGAUCUUAUUCUUGGUCGUGGUUAUCAUGGUUUUAUUUAUCUUACUCGUGGUUUUAUUGGUAUUGAUCUUAUUCUUGGUCGUGGUUAUCAUGGUUUUAUUUAUCUUAUUUAUCAUAUUUAUCUUGGUCGUGGUUAUUAUCUUAUUGGUAUUGGUUAUCAUAUUUAUCGUGGUUUUAUUUAUAUUUAUCUUAUUGGUUAUAUUUAUCGUGGUUUUAUUUAUCUUAUUUAUCUUGGU